GAUCGAAGGACUGGCUGCUUUGAUUCUUCUUAGUACAAUGUCUCUGCUUCAAACUGCAGAGGUUCCUCAUCAGAUCUCUCUGACUGUGGUUGAACUUGGUGGGAAUGUUACUUUGCAGUGUCCAGUUUCUGAGAAGGAAGGCAAAUUCUUUUACUGGUUCAAACAGCCUCUUGGAUAUAUGGUCCAAACAGUUGCUGCAGGAACUUUUAAUCAACAAAAACUCAGCCCACAAUUUAAUAACUCACGUUUCAAAGUCACAGAGGGAAAGGCUCGCUAUCUUCUUACCAUCGCAAAUGUGAGCAAAGAGGACGAAGCAACAUACUUCUGUCAGAAUGGAACGGCAUAUUCACAGAGUUUCAUCAGUGGCAUCUUCUUGGCUGUUAAUGAUCGCAAUCAGCAGAAAUCUCUCUACGUGAAACAAAGUCCGGAGACUGAGUCGGUCCAGCCGGGCGAAAGAGUGACUCUCCAGUGUUCACUUCUCUCCAACAACAAAGAAACCUCAGAUGAGUGUCCAGAUGAACACAGUGUGUACUGGUUCAGAUCUGGAUCAGGAGAAUCUCACCCAAGCAUCAUUUACACUGACAGAGACAAACAAGAGGAGAGAAGUUGUUUCCACAGUCUGUCCAAAACUAUACAGACCUCCUCUGAUACUGGGACUUACUACUGUGCUGUGGUCACAUGUGGAGAGAUCCUGUUUGGUGAAGGAACUAAAGUGGAAACAAGACAACAGUGGGACCCAGUUGUCAUCAUCCUCAGCAUACUGUUGGCUCUCUGUGUGAUUGUGAUCGCCAUCCUUAUUUUCUCAAGAAACUGAAGCUGUUGUUUUUAGGAUGGUGACACAGAGGCACGGACCUUUCUCUACAAUGGAAGAGGAAGAAUACGAGACGAUAGUGGCAAUGACAAGCGCCGACCUCUGUUUGGGUGAAAUCCACUGAUUGUCAAGAAAGUUCAAUUCUUUCUAAUGUAAGAAAGCCAUUGAAGUAUUGCAUGGCUUAUAUGUCUGUUAACGUUAAAUUUACAAGAGCAUAGUUGUGUGUUGUUUAUUUAAACUUAAGGCUGAAAUUAUGGACUUGUUCCCUGUAACUAUGGCAAAUAUUUUUCAGACAUUUUCCACUCUACAUUUACACCAAGUGAGGAAAAGUUGUAACUAUUUAUAGGCAGUGAUGAAUAAAAUGUUUAUUUGUAAAAAUGUAUACAUAUGUAUCAAUGUGUGUGUGAAUGUGUAAUGCACAAAGGCUAUCGCCAGCUAGUUGUGUUUUCUGUUUGUUCAUGUCAUGUGAUUUUGUGGUUGUUUGCAAUUGUGAAGCGACCUUGGGUUUCUUGAAAGGCACUAUAUAAAAUUGAUUUAUUAUUAUUAUUUAUUAUUAUUAAAUAAAAACAGGAUAACAUCA